GCAAGACUGAGUUCCAGGUUUCAAUGUCGUGCAGGUCCCCAACGGAAGAGGCCGUCGUUUCGGGCUGCAUGCCAAUAGUAUCGGGACGGAAAGUUAGGGCAGGGAUGGAGACGGGAGCAUUUGAUCGGUUCUCAUCACCAAACUGUUAAGGAAAUUACAGUAGAAAGCCUGCGCGUCCUAACAACCACUUAACAAUCUUGUCGCCCCCUGCAGCGCCUUAUCACCCCACCAAAACAAAUCCUGCCCCUCCCCGAGCCUGAGGUCAACCUACGCUCAUCAAGCUUCUCCGAGCACCGAUCGACUUCCUACCUAACCUCUCCUUUUUUUCUCUCAGCAACUCAUCAUCCCACCACACCGAGAGAACUGCCAACCAAGCUCAACCUAAGAUGCCCAUCUCUAAGAUCCACGCCCGCUAUGUCUACGACUCUCGCGGUAACCCCACCGUCGAGGUCGAUGUCGUGACGGAGCUCGGUCUCCACCGCGCCAUUGUCCCCUCGGGUGCUUCUACCGGCCAGCACGAGGCUUGCGAGCUCCGCGAUGGCGACAAGUCCAAGUGGGGUGGCAAGGGCGUCCUCCAGGCCGUCAAGAAUGUCAACGAGGUCAUUGGCCCCGCCAUCAUCAAGGAGAACAUCGACGUUAAGGACCAGUCCAAGGUCGACAAGUUCCUCAUUGACCUCGACGGCACCCCCAACAAGACCAAGCUCGGUGCCAACGCCAUCCUCGGUGUGAGCUUGGCCAUUGCCAAGGCCGGCGCUGCCGAGAAGGGCGUGCCUCUUUAUGCUCACAUCUCGGACCUUGCCGGCACCAAGAAGCCCUAUGUCCUUCCUGUUCCUUUCAUGAACGUCCUGAACGGAGGCUCCCACGCCGGCGGUCGCCUGGCUUUCCAGGAGUUCAUGAUCGUUCCCUCUUCGGCGCCCUCGUUCUCCGAGGCCAUGCGCCAGGGUGCUGAGGUCUACCAGAAGCUCAAGAGCCUGGCCAAGAAGAAGUAUGGCCAGUCGGCCGGCAACGUCGGUGAUGAGGGUGGUGUCGCCCCCGAUAUUCAGACUCCCAAGGAGGCUCUUGACCUGAUCUCGGAGGCCAUUAAGGAGGCUGGCUACGAAGGCCAGGUGAAGAUCGCCAUGGACGUUGCCUCGAGCGAGUUCUACAAGCCGGACGUCAAGAAGUACGACCUGGACUUCAAGAACCCCGACAGCGACCCGAGCAAGUGGCUCACGUACGAGGAGCUCGCCAACCUGUACAGCGAGCUCUGCAAGACCUACCCGAUCGUCAGCAUCGAGGACCCCUUCGCCGAGGACGACUGGGAGGCCUGGAGCUACUUCUACAAGUCCCAGGACAUCCAGAUCGUCGGUGAUGACCUGACUGUCACCAACCCUAAGCGCAUCAAGCAGGCCAUCGAGCUCAAGGCGGCCAACGCCCUGCUGCUCAAGGUCAACCAGAUCGGCACCCUCACCGAGUCGAUCCAGGCUGCCAAGGAUUCGUAUGCUGACGGCUGGGGCGUCAUGGUGUCCCACCGCUCCGGUGAGACUGAGGACGUCACCAUCUCGGAUAUCGUCGUCGGUCUCCGCGCUGGUGAGAUCAAGACCGGUGCCCCGUGCCGGUCCGAGCGUCUUGCCAAGCUCAACCAGAUCCUCCGCAUUGAGGAGGAGCUCGGCGACAACGCCAUUUACGCCGGCGAGAACUUCCGCAAGGCGGUUCAGCUCUAAAGUGGGAAAGCCAAAUGGCAGGUUUGGCGGUUGGCUGGCAAAAGCGUUACCACUGAUGAAACUGACCUUCACGUACGAUUCAUGAAAAUGGAGGCUAUGAUGAUGUAGAAAGAAUGAAGAAAAUACCAAGCCAAUCUUGUCUACGUGCCAGUCGUCAUGUCCGUAUCAAGGAUGCCUCGGGUGAAUUUAUGCAGGGCCGGAGAUCCGGCAGAGAGGAUGGUGGGUUGGGAGAACCGAAGGUUCGAACCGAACUACAAGUGACCCAACUCGCGCAACGCACGAGUCUCUUCAAUGGAAAUUGAGGCUCUCAUGGCGCUCACUUGUACGCAGGACACUUGAGUAAGUUGAGAGGGUCAACUUAUCGUCUGUUGCCAGAUGGCGGGCAGCUGUAGAUG